GAUAAAACCUGGCAACCCAGAUCAAAUUAGCUAUCCGAGCUAACAACGGCUGUGUAGCAGCUAAGUAUCUCUCCGUGUUCGUCUGCACACACAACGAAACAGCUGUAUUACAUUUACAGUGUGUUUCGGGAUUAUGUCGGGAAGUGACAAUGACUCGGUCGACUUGACCAGAACAAGCUCACCAGUUCAUCACAGAAAAAAACACAGCAUGGAGUCAUCCAGAUCUCCCAGAAGCUCCAAACACCACCAUUCACGGUCGAGGUCACGCUCCAGGGACAGAAAACGUGACAGGAAGUACAGACGGAGUCGCAGCAGGAGUAAAGAGGCACGAAAGAGGGACUCUGAGAAGCCAUCAAAAUCACACAGAAAAACAGACGAGCAGCAAGAGCAUGAGAGACUCUCAGCAGAGAACGGAGAGGAGCGGUCCAGACGCAAAGACAGGAGGCCCUCCAAGGGCCGGAGCUUGUCCAGGUCACACUCACGAGAGAGGCGGCAUCACAGCAAAAGUAAGGACAAACGGCGAUCCCGAUCACGCAGCCGGGACAGGAAGAAGAAGGCUAGGUCUCGCUCAGGUUCAAGGACCAAACACCGUCAUCAUAGCAGAAGUCGCAGUAAGAGCAGGGAGCGAAAGAAAAGGAGUGAGAAGGCGCGCAGAAAGAGUCGAAGCAGGUCUGUUAAUCCACCUGCCUUCCGGGGCCGAAACACAGCUAUGGAUGCACAAGAGGCCCUGGCCAGAAGGCUGGAGAGAGCCAAGAAACUGCAGGAACAGAAGGAGAAGGAAAUGUUGGAUAAACAGCAGCAGCAACAGCAGGAGAUAGCUGCAGUUGCCGCUCCUAUCGCAGCAGUAGCCGCUGCAGCUGCAGCUGCCACCUCAAACCCUGCGCUCAAUGUGGCUGCCCUCCUGGCCUCUGGGACCCAGGUCACGCCUCAGAUAGCCAUGGCAGCACAGAUGGCAGCUCUUCAAGCAAAAACACUGGCAGAGACUGGUAUCGCUGUGCCCAGCUACUAUAAUCCAUCCGCUGUAAAUCCGAUGAAGUUUGCAGAGCAGGAGAAGAAGAGGAAAAUGCUAUGGCAGGGGAAGAAGGAGGGGGACAAGUCCCAGACAGCUGAGUUGUGGGAGAAGCUUAACUUUGGAAACAAGAACCAAAAUGUUAAAUUCCGCAAACUAAUGGGUAUUAAAGGAGAGGAUGAAGCCGAAGCUGCCAAACCACUUAACGAUGAAGGCUUGAAGACUCUUCAAAAGCAGGAGGAGAUGUUUAGGAACCUUGACGUUCAGUAUGAGAUGGCUCGCUCUCAGACACACACCCAGAGGGGAAUGGGCCUCGGCUUCACCUCCUCAUUCUCCCGUGGAAUGGAUUCCAUCUAGUGCCAUGCGUUGGCCAUCUUUGCCACUCAUCUGAUCAUAUAGGACCACCGAUUCAUCGCUAGCCCUCAAGCUUGCAUGGAUGUUGCUCUGACUCUGUAAUUUAUUUAUAGACAAACAUCUCACGUAUUUGAACAUUAUGAUGUAAAUAGCCAGAUGCUGAGUUUGCCUCAGUGUUGAUUAAUCUGUACUGUAAUCUUUGCAAAAGGAUGCAUCAGUUUGACUGGUUGAUACUGGUUAAAAUUAGAUAUUUGUUUGAAUAAUGUGGUAGCUUUCUUUUUUUAACUCAAAUAUAUAUUAAUAUGUGAUUGUUUGAACAUAAACUGAAUAUAAUGUGGUUCAAGUGAACACUGUUUACAUCCAUUUAGUGAAAAGGCAUCUGAAGUCAAUGUAGCAUUAUCUGAACCCCACAGAGUAAUUUCUCCUGACUGGGAAAACAAACAGUGGGUUGUAAUACAUAUUGUCUUCAGGAUUACCAUGGAUAAAGAUGUGCUUGACAGGAGAAAUCACAUAGUUCAAAUGUUCUUGAAAUAAAUUAGUUUUGUGUUGAAUAAGGUUUUCAUACAUCACCUCUUUACUUAAACAUGUGGGUUCUUACACUAUGGUUCCGUUCAAUUUAAUGUUGCCAGAGCUGGGCGUUAAUUAUAAAACUUUAAAAUCAAAAUAAUAUUUGCCCAAAUCAAUUUAUAUAGCAAAAUAUCAACAGCUAAAUCAUACAGAAUUAACCUGGUGUCACGUUCUCUAGUGUGCAUUGGAUCCAAGGGUGCAACUUUGGUUUGAGAGGUCAGGGAGAACACAACAUAAGGUGUGGUUUUGGGGCUCCCUCAGGAAAAAAAAGCUAUGUGAAUCCCAUUUUCUUCAUUUCUACAUACAUUUUGGGACUAUAAACCAAAACAAAACCUGCGAAAUAAAUAAGUUGGUUAUCAUGCCAAAUCCUGCCACAAUAGUACCAAAUAUGCUACAGAGGCAUGCAAAAGUUUGGGCACCCAUGGUCAAAAUUUCUUAUACUGUGAAUAGUUAAGUCAAAGAUGAACUGAUCUCCAAAAGGUACACGGUUCAAGAUAAAACUUGCUUUCUCAACAUUUUAAGCAAAAUAAAUGUAUUAUUUUUGUUUUGUGCAAUUUUAGAGUGAAUUAGGGAAAGGAGCACCAUAGACAUUUGAGCUUUCAGACAACUUUUACCAGGGUCUCAGACCUUAAUUAGCAUGUUAGGGCUCUGACUUGUUGACAGUCGUCGUUAGGAAAGGCUAGGGAUGCAAAUUUCAAAGCUUUAUAAUUACUCUGCCUCCUAAAACCUUGUCCCGUCAAUCAGCAGCCAUGGGCUCCUCUAAACAGCUGCCCAGCACUCUGAAAACUAAAAUUGAUGCCCACAAAGGAGACAGGUAUAAGAAGACAACAAGGUGUUUUCAGGAAGCUGUCUCCUCAGUUUGUAAUGUCAUUAAGAGAUGACAAAUAACAGGAACUGUGAAGUUUAGGUCUGCUUGUAGGAUUGUUACACAGGCACAUCAGAACCCUUGUUUGACUGCGAAAGACCUGCAGGAAGAUUUACCAGACUCUGGAGUGGUGGUGCACUGUUCUACUGUGCAGUGAUACCUGCACAAAUAUGACCUUCACGGGAGAGUCAUCAGAAGGAAAAACUUUCCUGUGUCCUCACCAUGAAAUUUAGUGUCAGAAGUUUGCUUUUGAAGUUGGCUCGAUCAUACUUUGGGCUUGUGUUGCAGCCAGUGGCACGGGGAACAUUUCACAGGUAGAGGGAAAAAUGGAUUCAGUUUAAUUCCAGCAAAUUCUGGAAGCAAACAUCGCACCAUCUGUAAAAAAGCUGAGGAUGAAGAGAGGAUGGCUCCUACAACAGGACAAGGAUACCAAGCACACCUCAAAAUUCACAAUGGACAACCUCAAGAGGCACAAGCUGAAGGUUUUGACAUGGAUGACACAAUCUGUGGAUAGACCUCAAAAGAGCAGUGCAUGCAAGACGGCCCAAGGUGAAAACCUUCCAAACAAGAACUGAAAGAUUCUUAGCUGGAUACAAAAAGUGUUAAGAAACUGUGAUACUUGCCAAAGGGGGCGCUACUUAGUAGUGACCAAACUUUUGCUUUAGGCCCUUUUACUUUCUUG